AUGGAUAUUGUAAGCUUUGCUUUCAGUGGCCCUGCCACCCAUGCCGAUCAACCGCCCAUAUACAUCGAUGCAGAAAAUCCAUCGCGCUCACUAAGCGAGGCCCCUUUUCGGCAUCUUGUGCGGUCACUUAUAGCAGGGUUCAAAGCCCACGGUAUUGAACACGGUGAUACGGUGCUGGUGCAGCUCGACAAUGCCGUCAUUCACUCCGCACUUCUUCUUGGCAUCAUUGGUGCUGGGGGCGUCUAUAUGGGCUGUAGCCCAUCCAGUCCCCGCCACGAAUUCGACCAUUUUGUCUCUCUCGUGGAGCCCCGUCUAAUCCUCACUGUUGCCUCUGCACUGCCCGUCGUGCGCGAUGUCUGCACCAUCAAAGGGAUCCCCUUAGGCCAGAUCUGCCUCGUCGACGAUCGAUGCGUCGAUCAUCUCGUGUCAUUUGCCCGGAAUCAGGUUGACAACCCGCAGGCUACGUCACCAGUCCGAGACGAGGGAGUGCCAUUCGGCCUUGGGGAUCUGGUCUCCUUUGGUCAAAGCGACUGGAUGCGUAUUGACGAUGAAGCUACGGCAAAAAUCACACCUGCCGCCAUGUUCUCGACCAGCGGUACCAGUGGUCUGCCCAAAGCAGCCAUUCGCACUCACUAUACCAUCAUUUCCCAUCAUCAAACAGUUCAUUACGAUGUCCCAUACCCCGUCACACGUCUAAUGGUUCUGCCCAUGUCUCAUUCCUUUGGUGACUUCUGGUCAAAUCUGUUCCCAAUUCGCUAUGGCCAUCCCUUGUAUGUCAUGCCGCGAUUCGACUUGUCUAAGUUUCUCAAUGUUGUUCAUUGCUAUAAUAUUACGGAGACGUACCUGGUCCCGGCGAUGGUCCACAUUCUGAACCAGUCCACCCUCCCUGUCCGCGAGAGCCUCAGUUCUUUGUUUUACAUCGGUGUCUCUGGGGCUCCAAUUGACGCGCAUUCCUUGCAGCGAUGUCAAGAGUUGCUCAAUCCGCAGGCCAGCAUCGGACAACUAUGGGGUAUGACCGAGGUGGGUGUUGUCUUUCAGAACCGUUACGGUAACCAGCGGUACCCAGGAAGUAUUGGGAAACUCUUGGAUAACUAUGAUAUCCGCCUUAUCCGGUCAGACGAUGGGACAACUAUCGAUAUGGAAUGCACACCAGGAGAGCUGUAUGUUCGUGGUCCGGGAAUCAUGCUCGCCUACAAGGGCCGCGAUAAUGCCACUGAUGACGGGGGCUGGUUUCGUACAGGUGACAUAGCAUACUGUGAGGAUGAGCAUUAUCAUAUCGUUGGGAGGACUAAGGAACUUAUCAAAGUUCGAGGGUAUUCCGUCGCUCCCGCUGAGAUUGAGGCAGUCCUUCUCAAAGACCCUCGGGUGCAUGAUACGAUGGUGAUCGGCAUCACCCUGCCCGACGGCAGCACCGAGGUCCCUAGAGCGUAUGUGGUAUGUGCACGUGGGCUGGCUAGACCCACGGCGGACGAGAUCUCGGCGCUCGCACUGAACAAUCUUGCUAGUUACAAGGCUUUGGACGGUGGGGUAGUUUUUGUAGAAAGUUUGCCCCGAACGGCGAUUGGCAAGCCCCAUCGCUCCAAACUAUCGGAGCUGGAUGCACAGCGAACAAAAAUAGCUGCAUUGCUGUCGCCCUCUCACGCUCUUUGCUGA